CCUUGUCAUUCACUCAUAUAGACUACGUAUAAUAGAAAAGCACAAAAUCUUCCAAUAGCUAGCUAUCCAAAAAUGGAGUCAAGAUCACUGGUCAGGAUUUCGCAAGCACUACUAUUCAUGACAUGUAUAGUAGGGUUUGCCAUUGCCCAAGACAGUCAACAAGACUUCCUCAACGCCCAUAACUCGGCUCGCGCGAUGGUUGGCGUCGGGCCACUGAGUUGGGAUGACAGGGUGGCGUCGUACGCGCAGCAGUAUGCCAACCAACGCAUAGGUGACUGCAAUCUGGUGCACUCCGGAGGGCCUUAUGGCGAGAACAUUGCGUGGGGCAGCGCAGACCUUUCUGGCGUUGAUGCCGUGAAAAUGUGGGUGAAUGAGAAGGCCGACUACGAUUACAACUCGAACACCUGCGCUGCUGGCAAGGUUUGCGGGCACUACACUCAGGUGGUGUGGCGGAACUCGGUUCGUUUGGGGUGUGCUAAGGUGCGGUGCAACAACAAUAAGGGUACCUUCAUCACUUGCAACUAUGAUCCCCCAGGCAACUUUGUUGGCCAGCGCCCUUACUAAAUUAAAGCCAAAAAUAUAUUAUCGCAGUAAUAACAGGCAUAAAAAAACCUUUUAUAUAGUAAUUAAUACGUACCUGUGGUCGAUCAUAUUGAUGCCAGCAGAAAGAUACAUGUAUGGUUUGUGCCUAAAUAUCAAUAUCUUAUAUUGAUAAAAUAGGCUUUAUAUAUAUUAUCAACGAAAUAAAUAAAUUUGUUACCAGCAAA